UCAGAGGAGCGGGACGGGAUGCGACCGGACUGCGGUAGGGAGCAGAACCUCUAGGCCUGGGCCAUGCUGGGGGUCUGGGGAGGCUGGCGGGGCCUCCGCCGCUGUGCCUCACUGCCUCGGGCCCAGCGAGCAGCGCGACUGCGGGUCCGAGACGCGUUGGUUGCCCAGGAGCCGGCUGGCGAGGUUAAAGUGCAGGGCUGGGUCCGCUCUGUCAGGCGCCAGAAGGAAGUUUUGUUUCUGCAUAUAAAUGAUGGGAGUUCUCUGGAAAACCUCCAAGUGGUUGCUGACCCCAGCCUGGAAAACAGAGACCUGACUUUUGGAAGUGCAGUGGAGGUGCAAGGCAAACUGGUCAAAAGUCCUCACAGGAUGCAAAACAUGGAGCUGAAAGCUGAAACCAUCCAUGUGGUGGGACCUUGUGAUACUUUGUCAUUCCCCCUGAAGGUGAAGGAGAGGCACCCUCUGGAAUAUGUCCGGCAGUUCCCUCACCUGCGCUGCAGAACCAACACCCUCAGCUCCCUCCUGAGAAUCCGCAGUGAAGCCACUGCAGCCAUCCACUCCUUCUUCCAGGAUAAUGGCUAUGUGCAUAUUCAUACCCCCAUAAUUACAUCAAAUGACUGUGAAGGUGCUGGGGAACUCUUUCAAAUUGAGACAUCAAAUGAGGCAAAGGAAUCUGAAGAAAAGACCCAUUUCUUUAAUGUUCCUGCCUUCCUGACAGUUUCUGGCCAGCUCCAUUUGGAAGUGAUGGCAGGAGCUUUUACCCACGUGUUCACCUUUGGCCCAACGUUUCGAGCAGAAGACUCGCAGAGUCGCCGGCACCUGGCAGAGUUCUACAUGGUGGAGGCUGAGCUGUCCUUCACUGAAAGCCUCCAAGAUGUCAUGCAGGUUAUGGAAGAUCUCUUGAAGACAACAACAAACAGAGUGCUCUCCAAAUGUCCUCGUGAUGUUGAGCUUUUUCAUAAAUACAUAGCCCCUGCCCAGAAGGACAGGUUGGAACAAAUGCUGAAGAACAAAUUUGUGACAAUUUCCUACAAUGAAGCAGUGGAAAUUUUGAAGCAAGCUCCUCAAACUUUCACUUUCAAGCCAGAGUGGGGCUGUGACCUCCAAAGAGAACAUGAAAAGUACCUGGUGAAGCACUGUGGGGAGGUUCCUGUGUUUGUCCUUAACUACCCAUACGACCUCAAACCUUUCUACAUGAGGGACAAUGAAGAUGGACCUCAGCACACAGUUGCAGCUGUUGAUCUCCUUGUACCAGGAAUAGGGGAGUUGUGUGGAGGCAGCCUGAGAGAGGAGCGACUGCCACUCCUUCAGUCACGCUUGCAGAGGUUAGGACUCACAGAUGCCUACCAAUGGUACCUAGACCUCCGAAAAUUCGGCUCAGUUCCUCAUGGAGGCUUUGGAAUGGGGUUUGAACGCUACCUGCAGUACAUCCUGGGAGUUGACAAUAUCAAGGAUGUGAUUCCCUUCCCCAGGUUUUCUCACUCCUGUCUCCUGUAGCUCAGCAGUUCACUCGUGGGGAAAGCUGCUGGUGUGACUAUAGGUGUAUAAGAUAUUAGGAUGUGACUGAAUGUGUUUUAGUAGGAAACAGAGAGAAUUUUUAUAUCAGUGAAACUCUUGGUGAAUUUAAUGCUGCCUUGUUGAAAAUGUUCUGGUGAGAUUAUGGAAGCACACUCAGUUAAUUUGAUAGCCAUUCAUAUCUUCAGGGUGCUACAGGAGUGUUAAUAAAUCCCACUUAACUUAAGGGUUAGGAUUCUCCUGAGAGUAGUACAGGCUGUGGAAGUACUGAAUAAGCAUUGCUGGGAGUUAGUGGGGUUUUUAUGUGGAGUAUUAAGAUGGAGGUGUGACCUAAAAUGGACCAGGAGCCAGGGACUACUGUGGGGCUUUAAUAGGCUUUAAUUAAAUGCCUGGAACAGUGCUUUGAAGAUGGAGUGUUAUAAAAUUGUGAAGUGUUGUCAUGGCUGUGAUGCACUUGCUCUUUGAAAUGUCUGCUAUAAAGAAUGAUUCUCUCCACCUCGAGUUAAAAGCAAGUACUGUUUACCUUGGAAAAUCAGCCAGACCUAGGAAGGAAAAAUGUCAUAUUGGAACUGCUGGAGUGAAUUAGGUGAAUGAUGUUUGAUUGUGUGAAUCAUCAAUAAAGAUGUACACUGGGUUGUUUUGUAA